AUGGCAUCAUCAUCGUUCAAGUUAUUAAAACAUGAAACUUUCGUCUUUGACAGUGUGGUAGAAAAAGAAAACUUAUGGCUGAUAGCCCAACAACAUGUUACCUUUAAGUGGCAGUUGAGGAGACCGGUACUCUCUGAUGUUGAUGAAAAGCCCAAGGAAGGAGACAAGGCUGAGAACAGUGGUCAUAUCAAUUUGAAGGUGGUGUGGCAGGAUGGUUCUGUGGUGCAGUUUAAGAUUAAAGGUAUGUAUCACUUAGUAAACUAAUGGAAAGCCUAUUGUGAAAGGAAGGAUUUGUCACUGGAAAUGGGGGAUGAAGAUACAAUUGAUGGGAUCAAGCAGCAGACAGGAGUAGUCUACUAA